UUUAUUCGUUUUCCACUCUCAAACAGCUUUUUAGCGAGGAAGAAUGACAUCAAUCAAACUAUAAUGUGUUUCUAAAAGAAAAUAGUUACCACAACCCUCGGUUGUACAGCUAAUUUAAUCUUUACUUCUUCGUAGGGUCACCAGGUGGCAGUGUUAGUGUGGCUUUGACAAGUGAACGUUUCUUCCGGUGCUUAUUUUCUUAAAUGUUAACAUCAUACUUGAGUUUUACCUCGUGCGAUGUUUAUUUAACGUUUUAACAACAUAUUGAUGUUUCCCAUAUUAUCCCAGUGAGGACUACAUUUCCCGGUUUGCGCGUCGUUACGCAAGCCCUACACAUUUUCCGUAAACACGUUUUCAAAAUAAGAUCUUCCUCGCAACAAUUCAUUGCUCAGGGGAUAAUCUCGAAGGUCAAAUAUUACUUUUAUUUUGAAAUUGGGGUCUUUGCCCGGCGUUGUGUGCUUCCUCCAACCUGAGACCCUGGGAGGGAUUUCGAGACCCGGGCGGGGAGGGUGAUUGCGAGCGCGCCGAGGCCCCGGCCCGGUACACACUGACGGCCAAGCGAUGAGGCUGCGUUUCACCGGAGCCGUGCUGCUGGCGGCGGCUGCCUAUUACGUGUACCUGCCGCUGCCCGCCGGAGUGAGCGAGCCGUGGAAGCUGAUGCUGCUGGACGCCCUCUUCCGGGGCUUCAUGCGUGUGGGUGAUGUGGCCCAGGCGCUGGGCGUGUGCCACCAGGUGCACCUGCUCAACUGGAUGGUGUCAUGGGCCGAGGAGAUUGAGGCACGUUCAAGCCCCGCCGUGCUCGUCAGCGAUGGACAGCUCGGGGGCGUACCCGCUCGCAUGUUCCAGGCCACGGGUGGACGCAGCCCCAAAAGGGGGGUCAUCUACUUUCACGGCGGAGGUUGGGCGCUGGGAACUGCACGGAUGCGAUCGUAUGAUCUCAUGUGCCGCCAAAUGGCGGAACAGCUGGAUGCUGUCGUCAUGUCUAUCGACUAUCGUCUGGCUCCAGAGGCGGUGUUCCCGGACCAGUACCACGACGCGCUGGCGGCAUCGCGGGCCUUCCUGUCCCAGGAGGUCGCCAAGCAUUACGGGCUGGACCGGGAACGACUGUGCGUGUCGGGAGACAGUUCGGGAGGGAACUUGGCGGCAGCUGUCGCGCAGGAGCUGGGCGCCGACGUGACCCUGACGGCACGCUUCAAGGCCCAGGCGCUGAUUUACCCGGUCCUGCAGGCGCUGGACUUCCACACCGCGUCCUACCAGCAAAACCGGGCGGUGCCCAUCCUCUUCCGGCCCGUCAUGGCCCGCUUCUGGCUGCUCUACCUCGGCGCCGACCCGUCCCUGAAGCCAGCGCUACUGGCCAACAACCACAGCGCCUUGGACCAGCCGGCGAUUGGCCCGGCCGCACGAUCCCGACUAGACUGGACCGCUCUGCUGCCGGAGGAGCGCAAGAAAGACUUCCGGCCACUGGUGGUGGAGACGGGCUCGCCGGGGCUGGCGGGCCUGGUGCCGGCGCUGUUGGACGUGAGGGCGGCGCCCCUGCUGGCCGAGCGGGAGGCGCUGGCCAAGACGCCCGAGGCGUACGUGCUGACGUGCGAGUUCGACGUGCUGCGGGAUGACGGGCUGAUGUAUGCCGAGAGGCUGCGGCGGGCCGGUGUACGCGUGACCAGCGACCACUAUGAGGACGGCUUCCACGGCUGCUUGUCCUUCGCACACCUGCCCGUCAUGUCCGCCGUGGGCCGCCGUGCCCUCGACAACUACAUACGAUGGCUGGACCACAAUCUCUGAGGCAAAGCCGGAUGCUUUUAUCGGACCGAUUGAGAAAACAAGUUCCACGGCUUGUAUGUUGACAUUAGCUAGCAGGCUAGCUAAUAUGUUUCGGGUAUCCUUUCAUUUUUGUUAAAGGAAAACCAAGUCAAAACUGUUCGCUACAAGAAGAUGGUUUGUGCGCACCCACGAGUCUAAACAUUGCAUUCUGAUUAAUAUUGCAAUGGUGGAAUUAAGCAGCAAAAUGCAGAUGUAUUUAUCUAUCUCAGGGGACGGCCAUUUUGUCACUUGGCGUCGACUGAAAAUGACAUCACGGUUUGCCAACUAAAUAGACAAUAAUGAAGAAAGAUGGUAAACCUGUCUUGGAGUCACAGAUGGCACCUGCUGCCUGCAAUCCAAAAAAAGACACAAAAACACAAGCCUAAGAAGAGAUUGGCGCUUUUUAUGGUUUGAUUUCAUCACUGGAAACUCGCUGCUUUUCAUUCCCGCUUUUGGCCAAGUUGGCCUUUUACUUGGAAAAUUUCAGAGUAAACAAUGAGCAUGGGCGUGGGCCCACACGCACACGUAAAACACGUAAAAUAGUCUAAACACACACAAAGCACAUUGCUAAAGCCGCUCGUCACUCGCAAAGCCGGGCGUGGUGGCUUGUGUGACGAGAUGGCGCAGAGCUGGCUGAAAUGCCGUCAUCUGCGCAUGCGUCUGCGAGGGAACGGCGAGAACCAGCGCAAGAAGACAACUGGCCUUUGAAGUGUCACUCUUCUUUACAUUCAAACUUGCCCCAUCCCAGCUUCCACUUUGUUCCUCACAGACGUGCUCAAUGUGGCUCUUUAUGGCUCCGCCAUGAAAUAAAUUCAGCUGAACGCUGUUA